GAAGAAGGAAAAUAAUACGGAAUAGCCUAACACGCGACGUUAAACAUGGCGGCGGGGCCAAUUUCGGAGCGGAAUCAAGAUGCCACCGUGUAUGUGGGUGGUCUGGAUGAGAAAGUGUCUGAGCCACUUCUCUGGGAGCUCUUCCUACAGGCCGGGCCAGUCGUAAACACACACAUGCCGAAAGACAGAGUCACUGGACAACACCAGGGUUAUGGGUUUGUCGAGUUCCUCAGUGAAGAAGAUGCAGACUAUGCUAUCAAGAUUAUGAACAUGAUAAAGCUCUACGGCAAGCCCAUCCGGGUAAACAAGGCUUCUGCACACAAUAAAAACCUGGAUGUGGGUGCAAACAUCUUCAUUGGCAACCUCGAUCCUGAAAUCGAUGAGAAGCUCCUUUACGACACAUUCAGCGCCUUUGGAGUUAUCCUUCAGACGCCCAAGAUCAUGCGUGACCCAGACACGGGAAACUCAAAGGGUUACGCCUUCAUCAACUUUGCCAGCUUUGAUGCCUCUGAUGCCGCUAUCGAGGCCAUGAAUGGCCAGUAUCUAUGCAACAGGCCUAUUACAGUUUCCUACGCUUUCAAGAAGGACUCUAAGGGAGAGCGUCACGGAUCCGCUGCAGAGCGCCUGCUUGCUGCCCAGAACCCGCUCUCUCAGGCUGAUCGGCCACAUCAGCUGUUCGCGGACGCACCCCCGCCGCCCUCUGCCCCGACACCUGUCCUCACCACCCUGGGUACAGGGAUGCCCAUGCCUGGCAUGCCUCCCCCAGGUGCCUUCCCUCCUGUCCCCCCUCCUGGAUCCAUCCCCCCUGGGAUGCCCCCUGGCAUGCCCAUGCCUCCUGCUCCAGGGACGCCAGGACCACAAGGGGGCAGUGGCGGUCCCCCACCAGGACCACCUCCAUUCCCACCAGCAGGCAUGCAUCCUCCAGGAAUGCCCCAGAUGUCAAUGCACCCCCAUGGACCCCCAGGUAUGGUGCCUCCACCGCCUGGACCCCCGGGAUCCAAUCAGCACAGGGCACCACCACCCCCUGGCAUGCCCCCACACCCACACAUGGGCAUGCCACCAAGAGGCCCAUUUGGUCAUCCGAUGGGUCACCCCAUGCAUCCGGGUAUGAGAGGACCCCCUCCUCCAAUGCCUCCACCAGGUUACGGUGGUGGACCCCCACGUCCACCUCCCUUCAGCUACCAGAGAGGGCCUCCGAUGCCGCCAAGGCCCCCAGGGUCUUUACCUCGGGGUCCAAUGAGAGGGCCCAUGCCUCCAUAGACUGCAGAUGAUUCAAAAGAGAGGAGAUUCGCUUUUUGUUUUUCUACAGAUUACAAUAGGUGAACAAAAUGUUUUUUUUUUAUCAAUAUUUUGUCUUUGUACAUAUCUCCACCCAGUGAGAAAUAAACAUUUUAAUACAUAUAAA